AUGUCUGCUAAAUUGAAAACAUUUGAAGAUAUUUGGAAGAAUAAUAUAGGUGAAAAGGCAAAAAAAUAUGAAAGCGAUUAAACUCAAUAUAAUAAAGAUAAAUUAAAGACAGAAGAAUAUGAGAGAAAAAGUAAAGGUGUUAUCAAUUAAAAUAUUUAGUAAAAUAAAUCUUAGAAUAAUUAAGACAAAGUUUAAAAAUAAAAUGAUAAGCAAAGUGGCCUACUGAAUGAAAAAGAUUGGGAAUAUUUAGAUAGAUUGGGAGAAAAAUUUAGAAUUUUAGAAGAAAAAAGCAGUAAUUAGCAAAAGGAGUUUUAAAGCUCUUUAAAAAAUAUGAAGGGUGAUAAUAAUAAUAAUUAAAAGUAGCAAUAAAAAGAUGCUGAAAAUUUAACUUAUAAAAUGGAUAAUAUUAGAUGCUCACCUUCAAAAGAAUAAAUUUAUAAUUAGUAGAAAAAAAAUAUUGAUAAAGAAUAAAAAUAAAAAAUGGGAGCGAAAUAAAAUUAUGAAACUACCAUCAUCAAAUAAUCUCAAUCAAGUAAUGAAAAAUCAAAUAUAAGCACUCAAAGGAUAGUUAAAUAAGAAAAUAUUGAUUCAUUUAGCUCAAAAUAAACAUUAAAAAAUAAUUACAUUUAGGAUAAAAUGAAUUAGGAGUAAUUUUUUAAUAAUACAAAAACUUAAGAUAUAGAAUUUCAGGAUAAUAAUAGUUAUGAGUGUACUUUCAAGCCUAACGAUUUGAAGAAUAGCUAUAUGAGCUGUCCUUAAUCAGAAAAAGAAAUUUAAAAUUAAAGAUCGAGAAACUUAACUCCAAAUCAUCUGUACGAAGAUGCAGUUUUAAGAAAAUAAAAACAAGAACAAAUGGAAAAAUAAAUGAUUAAAGAAACUAAAAAGUAGACAAACUAAUCAAAAAUAGGAGUUAAUUCUCAAAAAAUUAUCUUGAGUAAAAUUGAAGAAUUUCUGCAGGCAUUGAUUGCAAGUAUUGAAGAGGAUGAUGAUGAUAAAAAUCCUCAAGAAAAUUAAUAUUAAGAAGAAGGAGAUGUAUGUAAAGACAUUUCUACAACUAAAAAAAAGGUGUUAAAGUUUGAAGGAGUGGGGUUCUUUUUUUAGUAAUUGGGAAUUUUUAGAAGUGUAAAAUUUGAAGAAAAUGAGAAUGGUGAUAUUAGCAUUAGCCAGCUAAAAGGUUUAAAUAAUAUAGAAAUAGAGAGAAUGAAAUAAGAGAUGACUUUUCAUGAGGAGCUAUGGAAGAUAAUGUCAAUCGAUUAGCUCUAAUAUAAAGAGCCUGAGGAAAUAGAAUCAAUAUCGAGUAAAUGUUUAUUUGACAUUACUAUGGUUUUAUUAGAAUUAAAGCUUACUGUUUAAUAAAGUGAACUUUUGUUAAACGAAAUUAUUCUGUGUAAUUUAUUUAGUGAAGAUUUUAAUAGAGGUUAAGAAGUCGUUGAUAUUUAUUUUUCUGUACAACACAACUGGACUCUAGAAUAACUUGUAAAGAAUUUUAGAUAAAUUUUUGAUGAUAAAACGACUUUAAUGGACUUUUAUGCUAAUUGGAAUAAGAAAUUAGCUGUUUAAAGCAGCGUUUAUGAAAAUAGCGAAAUGUCUUUUCAUCCUCAAAUCAAUUAAAGAAGUAGGGUUAUGGAUUCAAUGAUUUAGUAGUCAAAAUCUUGCAUAAAUUAAAAAAGGCAUGAAAUUCUCUUUGACCAACACAAAAUUAAAUAAGAAAAAUAAUAGCAACAAAAGGUUGAAAAGCUUUAAAAAGAAGUUUAAUAAUGCACAUUCAAACCUCAAACAAAUGUGUAAAAAAUGAAGGAACAAAGGUCAAAAAAUUCUAAAUAUAAUUAAUAAGAAGGCUUCUAUGAUAAUUAGGAAGAUGAGCAAUAAUAAUAUGAAGAAAAUUAAAAGAGGUAUGAGCAGCUAUUUAAGAUACAUAACAGAAAAUAGAAUUAAAUUAAAGAAAUAAAAGAAUACGUUGAAUUUUAUCGUUAAGAGUAAGAGUUAGAGCAAUGCACUUUUUAACCUUAAACUAGUGAAAUAAAUAAAGAAAUGCUGUAGGAAGGAUAGCUUUAGAAUAUUAAAGGUCUUAAUUAGUAAUUACAAAGAAUGUACAAAGCCAGAAAAGAGAAGCUAGAAAAAGAAAUGUUCUUUGAAAAGUAAAGAUAUUUGCUUUCAUAAUAAAAUCAAAAACAAGGAUCUAAGAAAGUACUACCAUUUAGUUUUGAUGAAAAAAAUUAAAAGAAAAAGCUUCCUUAAGAAGAAAGAAAGUUAAUAGGUCAUGUUGAUAUAAAUAUAACAAAAACUAAAAAGGGAAAAAUCACUCUGCAUGAAGGAGAUAAUGCAUCUGAAUUAGCCUAUAAUUUUUCUAAGAUAUAUAAUAUUUCAAGUGAAAUGACUGAGACUUUAUCUGACAUGCUUUAGCAGUAUUUAGAUAAAUAUUAUGAAUAAAAAACAUAAAAAUGA